CAGAGGGAGUUGGAACAUCGAAAGUUCGGAUAACGGAAGGAAGAUUUUACACAUUUAUUUAAAACACUCACUUUUUUGUCUAUUAAUCAUUUCUAUCAUUCUGUUUUGCCUUUUUCCUUCAUUUUUAUAAUUUAUUAUUUCUUCAUAAUCAUCUUUCCAACGGUUUUGUCCAGUAUAUUUAUAAAUUUGUUUUUCAUUUAAAAAUUUAUUUUCAUCAUUUUUAGUUAAAUUAAUAAUUAUUUCUGAUUUAUUUUUUAUAUUAUUUUCUGUUUUUAAUUUCGUUAAAUUUAAAUUAUUUUUUGUUUCACUUUCAAAAAAAUUUAUUUCAGAAUUAUUAUUCAGAAUUGUUGUUUCUAAUAUUUUAUUUUCUGUUUUUAAUUCUUCUGCUUUUAAUUUUGAUUCUGUUGUUGUUGUUUUCUCUAAUGUUGUUUUUAAUGUUUCUUCUGUUGUUUUUAUGUUUGUUUCUGGUAUUAAUAAUUCUGUUGUUUCAGAAGUUUUCCCUUCUUUUUCUGUUGUUGUUUCCGUUGUUUGUUCUGGUUUUUCAUUUAAUUCUGAUGUUUUUGUUGUUGGUAUUUCUAAUGCUGUUUUUGUUGCUUCCUCUGUUGUUUCUAUUUUCUCUAUUUUUGUUUCUGUUGUUGUUUCUAUUUUAUUAUUAUCAACAAUUUUUGCUAUAUUUAAAUUAUUAAUUUCUUCAUUUAUUAAAUUAUUGUCAAAGUUUUUUUCUUCAAUUUUAUUUGAAAUAUUUCUUAAAAAAUUUUCUUCUUCUUCAUAAGGCUCCCUUGUUGUUUCUAUUAAAUUAUCUGAUUUUCCUAUUAUUUUUGUUUCAUUAUUUCCCUCAUUUCUGCCCAUUUUUAUUACUUCUUUCUUAUUUUCUAACAAAUUAUCACUAAUAUUUAAUUCUUCCUUUGAUUUAUUUAACAAAUCUUUUAUUAAAAAUUUAUCUAAACCUUCAUCAAUUUCUUUAUUAAUUGUUUUAUUUAAAAUAUUAUUUGUUUCAUUAUUAUUUAUCUUUACUCCUAAAUUAUCCUCAUUUUCAUCAUUUUUAUUAUCAAAUAAAUUAUUUGUUAAUAUUUCUUUAUUUAAAGCUUCAGUAAUUCCUAUAUUUUCUUCAUUUAUUUCUUCACCAGACCCAUUAACAUCAUUUUCCUCUCCUCCUUCUUCUUCCUCUUCUUCAUUCUCUUCAGAUUCAAUUUCUUCAUUAUUCUCCAAUUUUUUAAUUUUUUCUGAUUUUCUAUCCAACAUUAACAAAGAAUCUAAUUGUUCUGCACUAGCAUCUAAAACAUCUCCUCCUUCCUCUUCUUCUUCAUUUUCAAUUUUGUAAUUUUGUUCAUCAUUAUUUUGAAUUAAAUUUUGUUUUUCUAUUUCCAAUUCUGUUGAAAAAACUUUCUUCCCUUU